CAUGGCGGCUCCGGUGUCUAAUGGCUGAACAACAACAACUGUCGGCGAGCGACAAACUUUCACAAACUUCUACAGAGACGAAAGAAAGUUGGAAAUAGCACAUUGUUUCGGUUGUGUAGCAGCAUAGGCGUGUUUGUCUGUUUUUCUUGUUGUCACCGAUGUGGAAUUACUGAUGGAUCCGAGGUAUGAUAUACCGCGGAGGGCCGCCGGUGGUGGCGGGGGCUCAGCGAACUCGUCCCCAGCUCUGGGGGCUCAGUCCCGCCGCAGGAAGAUGCCUCCCAGACCCGCUGAUUUUAAACUUCAGAUUAUCAUUAUCGGCUCCCGUGGUGUUGGUAAAACCAGCCUCAUGGAGAGAUACACAGACGACACUUUCUGCGAAGCUUGCAAGUCGACAGUAGGAGUUGACUUCAAAAUCAAGACAGUUGAGCUGAGAGCGAAGAAGAUCAGACUACAGAUAUGGGACACUGCUGGCCAGGAGAGGUUCAACAGCAUCACAUCAGCCUACUACAGAGGUGCCAAGGGAAUAGUGCUAGUGUAUGAUAUCACGAAGCAGGAGACCUUCGAUGACCUCCCCAAAUGGAUGAAAAUGAUAGAUAAGUACGCCUCAGAGGAAGCGGAGCUUCUCCUCGUCGGGAACAAGCUGGACUGUGAGACCGAUCGUGUCAUCUCCAGACAGCAGGGAGAGAGGUUUGCCUCUCGAAUAAGUGGAAUGCGCUUCUGCGAAGCCAGUGCCAAGGAUAACUUUAAUGUGGAUGAGAUCUUCCUGAAGCUUGUGGAUGACAUUAUUAGCAAGAUGCCUCUGGAAGUUCCCAACAAGGAGCUUUCCAACAGUGUCCUGUCUCUGCAGCCUGAACCGGAAGUGCCUCCGGAGUUGCCCCCACCUCGCAUGCGCUGUUGCUGAGGGUCAGAGUGUUCCCCCUAUCCUUCUCACGCACAGCACACACUCAGCUCACACAUGCAGAGCACCAAUCUGGCCACCAGGGGGCGGGACACAGCAGCAGUUCGGAAUAAUUGACUACUGCUGUUAAAAUGCAUGGACUCUCUCUUUAACAACCAGUGUUAUCUUCUCCUCUUUCUUCUCCUGUUUUGUAACUGUACACUAUGACACGUGCCACACUAACACUUAGGCCUGGUGAGUCACCCACUUCCUACCACCUUUCUGUCGACACUUGACCCGGACUACCUCAUUCCUCGGACCGUUAGGCUAGCUGUGCCCCGCACGUGCCUUCAAGGUAGAGAGCCCUCUGGUAGCAGUUGCACAUAUUCUGUGGAGGGGGAUUACUGAGGGCCUUACAGCUUGAUCUCUUCCCGGUUUUUUUUUUUGCGUCACUACACAUACUGUACACUAAGUUUUAACAUUGUCUGAGUUGCCCUGACAGUCUGUUUAUCUCUGCAUUUUCUAGCUCAUGGAAAAGGGAUGAUAAUAUCUCAUGUCUUUUCAGCAUAGGUUAAAUUCUGGGUCUGGUACAGUAGUUUUAUAUUCUGAUUAAUAGGUUUUAUUACCAAGUGACGAGUUGACUUGAGGUAAACAAAAGCACAUGAUGUAAAUAUGGUGUGUUGCUGUAAUGACUGGACAAGGUGCAGAUUUCUGUGGCCAGCAGUAGGUGGUUGUGUGGUGGUGAUCAUAUCAGUGUGUAUUCCUUUGCCUUAAAGUAUUAAAGUGGCUGGAACGGCUGUUUUCACAUUUGUAUAAAUAGUAAUGUUUUGCACUACAAUCCAUCUUAACUGGUUAAGCUGACAUGCAGAAAAAGAAAGUACACAACUUGUAGUUUAGCACUAAUAAAGAUGCCCCAGUGGUGGCUGCUCUGAACCCUUCCACAUCCUGUUAAAGUGGGCUGGAGAUACAAGGAGAGAUGGGUAAUGUAGUCUUUGAGGGACUGGUGUUUGUCACAGGGACAUUUUCCAUGUGUUUUCAGAAGGAACGGAGACAGUAAGAAGCUACACGGACACAUGGUUUUAGCCUUUAUUUUGGGUUUUGUUACUAAUAUUACUAAGUGUUUUGUUUGGAUGUUUUUCCUUUGAAUUCAGAUACAGUUUAGAAGAGAAUGUGAGUCUCCCUUUGUUGGGGGGGGGUGGGGUGGGGGGGGUGCAGGAAGGUUUGCGUGGUAUUUGAAUGACUCAGGAAAUUUUGAUCGGCUCAUACCUGCUUAUUUUGUCAGGCCUUGCUUUGAGUUUUGCAGACUUGCUUUGAGUUUCAUAUCAGAUUAAUAAAGAAACAUCUUCAUAAAAAUCCUGCUUGAAGGGGACAUUUGUUUUUUAUAGAGGAGGUUAGUGGCUUCGAAUUUAUGAUUUAGCAGUUUGUUGUGGACCAGCAUGGAGAUAUCUCAUUACUUGCACAUUUAAAAAAAAAAAUACAAGGCUAUGCAUGUUGAACCCUCCUUUGCUCAUAGACAUUAAUAAUCAUUUAAUUCUUCCGUCUUUGUUGUGAAAUUAACGCAGUACGAGCAACGUAGCACUGUGUGUGUUUCUGUUUUUGCUGUUACGUGUUGAAGUGAAAGCCCAAGUCUGAGGGUGAGGAAGGACCUGAUUUGGAAUUAAUCCGACUGACUUUCUGUAGGUUAAUUUUAUUUUAAUUUUUUUGUGGACGUUUUAUGUGAAGGUCAAGCUUUUUGUGGACUCAAAAUGGCACAUCAUGUAUUCUAACAAGUGAAUGGUUUCAUACCAAAAAGAGAAAUGUUAGACUUUUGCCAACAGGGGAGUCACUGACAUCCGAGCACACCUCGCAAUAAGAUUAUCAGCCAGCAAAAGAACUUAGCGUACACAUUUUCUGUAAUUAAGCAGUUUUAUCACUUGUGUCUUGAACUCGUGAGUUGUGAACGUUUCUUUGGACAUUGUUUUUUUGGAAUGAAACCUUUUACCUGCCCCCACCCGACAUUUAGCAUUCACCACUAACCCUGUGGUUUUUGUUUUAGUAGCCAAGCCUUACAUGUAUACUACUUAAAUAUACAUUUUACAAAAUGCUUUUAUUUGAAAUGUGUAUCCUUUAAGAUGGAAGACUGUACUUUAUAUUAAACCUGUUUUAAGUCUUUGAAA